CGGAGCUGCAAGAAGGCCACCGAAGACAGAAAGAUGGCGGACCUCGGGAAAAUCUGUCCCGAGCCUUCGCCCUGUCGCGUCAACUGUCCGAGGAGAGCGUCGUGUCGGGGGAGGCUCCUCGUCCUCCUCUGCCUGCUCAUAGUGGACUCCGGCGGGGCCACGACGCACUGGGUCGUCACGGAGGACGGGAAGAUCCAACAGCAGGUUGACUCGCCUUUGAAUCUGAAGCAUCCACACGACGUGGUGAUCUUCAUGAGGCAGGAGACUCGUGUGAACUACCUGAAGAAGCUGGAGAAGCAGCUUGUGGCACAGAAAAUUCACAUUGAAGAGAAUGAGGACAGAGACACAGGGUUGGAGCAGAGACACUACAAAGAAGAUGCUGACUGCGUCAUGGCUAAGGUUCCCCUGGGAGACCUGGACCUGUACGAUGGAACUUAUAUCUCAUUGGAGAGCAAAGACAUCAGUCCUGAAGACUAUGUGGAGCCGCGGUCAGCUCUGCCUCCAGAUCUAGAAAAGCCUGACUGUGCAAAAGUGUUUGAACUACCUUAUAGUAUCCAUGCUUUCCAGCAUCUCAGGGGUGUGCAGGAAAGAGCAAACUUGACCUCCCCACUUCUUUCGAAGGAGGACCCCAUUUUUAUUGCACUGUCUCAUAUGCUGGGCCGCAGUGUGGAUGAGGUGGGCCACCGCAUCCACCAAGGUUUACUGAGGAAUUCCUCAUCCUGGGUUUUAUACAACAUGGCGUCAUUUUACUGGCGUAUGAGGAACGAGCCUCAGAGAGCAGUGGACUGUGUGGUGCGUGCUCUGCAUUUCUCCCCCAGGGAGCACAAGGAUGUAGCCUUGGUCAACAUGGCCAACAUCCUGCACCGUGCCCAUUUCUCAGCAGAUGCUGCUAUUCUCGCGCAUGCUGCCCUCGAUCUCACAUCAGACCUCUUCACCAGUCACUACACCCUGGGCAACAUUUAUGCUAUGCUCGGGGAAUACAACCACUCAGUGCUGUGUUACGAGCAGGCACUGCAGGCCCACCCGGGCUUCGAGCAGGCCCUGAGAAGGAAGCAUGCUGUGCUCUGUCAGCAGAAGCUGGAGCAGCGCCUGGAAGCCCAGCACAGGUCUCUGCAGCGAACGCUGAAUGAGCUGAAGGAGUACCAGAAGCAGCACGACCACUACCUCCGCCAGCAGGAGGCACUGGACAAACACAAGCUGCUGCAGGAAGAGCAGAUCCUGCACAACAUUAUCCACGAGACCCAGAUGGCCAAGGAAGCCCAACUUGGGAACCAUCAGAUGUGUCAGCUGGGUCAGCAGCAGCGCAGCCUCUACUGCCCCUUUGACCUGCCUGUGCGCUAUCACCGGGGUGACCUGUUUGAAAACGUCCACUAUGUCCAGUUUGGAGAGGAGGUGUCAGUGGCAUCCAGCGUCGCGCUCGUGUCAGAGCGGAACUCAAAUCAGACAGCAGCCAGUCCGCAGCUUCAUCCCUCUGUCUCUGGAGACCAAGAUCCUGCCGCUGCCCUGUGGGGCAGCCGUCAGGAUUACACACAGGACAUUCAGAGGAUGUUGUGGCCUCAAAGGACUGACUGUGCUCAUGAGUACCCAAGUGUCCCCCCCGCUCACCUGCUCCCGACCUUUUUCCUUCCACCUGAAACUCAGGCCCUCAGCCCAGUGGCAUCCCUUCUCUAUGGGAAGAGCAGUCCUCCUCAGACUGUAGCUCUGCCGGACUGUGGUCCCAACCCUCAACCAUAUCCCGCCCUCCUGCCAGCAUCACUAGACUGGCCGCUCGAAGAGAAGGAGCUGCCAGAUCCCUUUGCCUCCCAGAUACUGCAGUUACGCAGUGGAGGAUGGACGCUGGAGCAGAUUGGCUCCAGAGUAGCUGAAGUAAUGAAGCAGGCCACUAUACCCCGCUGGCAGGUCCACAAUGAGGCAGCUCUUUUCUGGCGGGCUAAAGGCAAUGGCAGCCGUGCCCUCCAGUGCCUGCGCCAAGUGUUGAGCUCAGCUCCGCCUCCCCACCGCCACUUGCCCCUCACCAAUGCUGCUAACCUGCUGCUACACCACGGCUUGACCACCCACGCACAAACACUACUGGAGCAAGCAUUGGCCCUUAAUCAAUCAGAGCCUCACACUCUGCUCAGCCUGGUGAGCGUGCACUUGGCCCAGGGCAAUGUGACAGGUGCUCUGGCCUUGUUCCGCCACACUCUGGUGACGGCCCUGUCCUCCUCCUCUUCCUUCUCAUCCUUAGCCGGCUGUGAGCAGUGUCGCACCAGCCUGCCUCUGCUGCGCUGUCUGCAGUUUUACCCCUUCCUUUACAAUCUUUCACACCGGCAGUCCUGCCCACAGGGCGCUGCCUGCUUGGCUGAGGAGGAACUUGGGAUACAGCUGGAGGAAUGGGAGGAGGAGAAGCAGGACGUUCCGGCCAUGUCUGCAAUGGAGGACUCCUUACUCUUUGAGAAGGUUAUCCUGGACAGUAAUGGCUCGGGUGAAACAGCUGGACAGCUCCGGACUUCUCCUUCUGUCUCAGGAGCGAAUAAAAUGGCCACCCCGUUUGGAGGAGGCGCAGUGGAAGGCGAGGAGGAGUGGCAGCUGAAGGAGGACCUGAUGGGAGCGUUUGAGGGAGCGCUGGAUGUCGGAGGCAAGCGAGGGGACCUGCGAGGAAUCCGGGUGCUAAAGAAUGACCGAGUCAUGGGUACCCGGGCCGGUGGUGGGCCCUGCUUUGGGAACUGUGAAGACGACGAGGGAGCAGAGUGGAUCACCUUCCAGGUGAAGCGGGUCAGGAAGGCUAAGGUUGAUGGGACAGAGGGUGUUUCCGGCUCUGAUGACGGCCAGAGCAUGGACUCUCUGCCUGGAGGACACUCUGUCCUGGAGAUCAGCGGGCCAACUAUACCAUCGCCCGGUCCUUCAGGUCGAUGGAGGGACUACACAAGUCUUGGCUGGCCGGGACCAGAGGAGUGCCAGCGGACACGCAGGGUAGACCUCACCACUGUAGCUAGCACCUGGUUGGCUGUUUCUGCCAAGAACAUCGACAUCACAGAGCACAUAGACUUUGCCACUCCGCUCCAGGAGCCAGCAGCUGAACCUUUAUGCAACGCCAACCUCGCCGCCAGCAUGCACACCCUCGACCACCUGGCAGGGGUGGCCAAUCGCGCCGCCAUACACUACACCGGGGAAAGUCAACUGCGUGAGGUCCUGCAGAACCUCGGCAAAGAUAAGUUCUCCCCUCAGUCCUUUGAGCAGGUGGGAACACGUAUCGCUAAAGUGCUGGAGAAGAACCAGACAUCAUGGGUUUUAUCCAGCAUGGCUGCUCUGUACUGGAGGGUCAAAGGUCAAGGCAAGAGAGCAAUCGACUGUCUUCGUCAGGCUCUCAACUACGCCCCCCAUCACAUGAAGGAUGUGCCCCUCAUCAGCUUGGCCAACAUCUUCCAGAACGCUCGGCUGUGGGACGACGCCCUGACGGUCGCCCGCAUGGCCGUAGAGAUCGCCCCACACUUUGUGGUGAACCACUUCACCCUCGCCAACGUCUAUAUAGCGAUGGAGGAGUUUGAGAAAGCCAUGCGCUGGUACGAGUCCACCCUGAAGCUGCAGCCGGAGUUCGCCCCCGCCAAAGAUCGACUCAGAACCAUCCAGUGUUACCUGCUCACCAAGCGGGAACGGCGUCAGCCCUAACCCACGAUUCCAGUCCGAUACCAGUACCCCUGAAACCAGUACCCUGUGCUCAUACACUACCAGAUACAGACCACACACAUACACAAACACACACACACACACACACACACCUAUCUGAAGACCACUGAUAAUUUACACUAAUGAAAGUGUAAGAAACUUAAAUGUGGUUAAAGGUGAGGUUUCAAGAUUCAUAUCCUGACAUGUAUAUCUUCUUCUCUUUGAGAUCUGUCCUCAGAAAGAAGCAGGUCUGAAAUGUCACCGAGAACAACUGUAGAUAACUUUACCCACAACAUAUUUCAAAUAGUUCUAGACUCCAACUCCUUCAAGGCUCCGGAUUUACAGUUAAUUCUGCUUUAAUUUGAGCUGAAUCGGUUCUGAUUUGAAGAAUAAAUCUCACUGUCGUCUUCUCGAAGACAUUUUAGCAUCUGAAACAAAGGGCAAUAUGUUUUUUUUGUUCUCAAGGAGCAAACACACUACAUCCUGGGAAAUUGAUUUUAAUUUGUUGUUUAAAUUGGGAUUUUUUUUAUGGAAAAUGAUAAACAGUAUUCGCUUCAAUGUUUUGCUGAGAUGGUUAGGAAUGUGCUCCUCAGCUCGGAGGUUAAACGAGACAAAUUGAAUAACCCCUCGUUACCUCUGCCUCAUAACAUGGACGGGAAUUCUCUUUUUUUUGUUGCACUUUUCUUCUAUAUCAUUCCUAUUUAUAUGGGACCUACAAACUGAUUUUUGCUCCAAGCUAAUUUAAAUACAGAAGAAAGAAGAAAAUGAAAUAUGCUAUUACAUGUGCUUCUUAACUUAUGGAAAUCAUCCGGCAGGAAAAGGAUUUGCCAUUGACCAGCUGUUUAAAAAAAAAACUAAAGUGGAAUCUGUAUUAAAUGUACAGUAUUAAAGGCAACGUGUGGAUUUCAUCAGUUUA